AUGCCCACAGAAAGAAGGAACCAUGACUGUGCCAAAAAGGGCCACUUGCUGCCCAUUCUCUGCACCAUCUGCAACCAUUGUAUGCCUAAGGAUAAGGCCAUUGAGAAGUUCGUUAUUGGGAACAUAGUAGAGGCCACCGCCAUCGGGAACAUUUCCAAAAUGAGGGUCUUUGAUGCCUAUGUGUUUCCCAAGCUGUGUAUGAAAGUCCAUUACUGUGUGAGCUGUGCCAUUCACAGCAAAGUGGUUAGGAGUUGCUCUGGUGAAACAUGGAAGGACUGA